UCUAUUACGCGGAUACAAACGACCCGUGCAGAUAAUGAAUUCGAUUGUUUGCCGGUGGUAUUAUCGCCCUACUCCUGGUAAUAACGGCCAAUCGGGAAAAGGGAAGGGCGCCCGCUGUUACAUUCGAAAUAUAUAAAUGGACCAAUAACUGUUAUACCAUCGUUCAGUCGGCCUCCUCGAUUCGUCGGUGAUAAACUGCGGGUGCUUGUCUUCUUUUUCCUUUUUUUCGAAUCUCCCUCGAACAGAGUUAUUCGGAAAAUCGCAGCGUUACACGCACGAUGCGGUUGUAUCUCUCAAACUUCGCGCACCUUCUGGUGAUCGUCGCCGUGUUCGGUGUAACCCUCGGUAGUCCUUUGACAUUCCUACUAUUGACGAAUACAUCGUACACGCGGGCAAAUGUUGACCAGUCCAGCGCAGCGAAUAGACUGAAAAAUGAUAUUAAGCCAUCCGGCGAGAAAAAGAACGGCUUUACAUCGACUUGGACCAGGAUUUUACAGAAUCCGCCAGAUUACUUGGAAGCCGCCGUCGGGAGUCGUGUCGAAUUGCAAUGCGAGGCAGCUGGAAAUCCACCGCCCCAAGUUUACUGGAUAACCGGAAAUGAACCGGAAAGGCAGAUUCAGGAAUUGAUCACGCGGGCCCAAGAAGCGAGUAAUGUCGUGUCGCCGGAAUGGGAGGGGGUCAGUCAAGUCUCCUCGACGUACGUGAUCGAUUGCGUCAGACCUGAAGAUCAAGGUUUAAAAUACUGUGUAUCCGUGUCUAAAAAAAAAGUGGUCCAAUCGGCAGCGACGGUACUCUUGGUUAAUACAACUAAAGCAACCGCAUGCAGCAGCGAAAGCCAACCCACCAUCACCUUACAUUCUUCCUGGAGAUUUGCUCUUGAACAAAACACAGUGAUUCUUCCGUGUAGAGCCGUUGGUCAACCGGCGCCUUAUCUAUUUUGGAUAGAUAACUUGGGCAACACCAUUAGUCCGGCCACACACGCGAGACACACCAUUCUUGCUAAUGGCGAUCUGCAGAUAACGGAUCUUGAAUGGGACGACAUGGGUGAAUAUAUAUGCAAGGUGCAAUCAGGAUAUACGGAGAAGAGUGUAUCUACAUUUCUGUAUCCCGUAGGUUCCGUACGAAUCAGAAGGAAGGGAAACGGAAAAUCCCAUAUAGAAAAGACUUGACACAAUAUCUGCAUUCCCAAUGUCUUUUUGCUACAACUGCGUGCAUAAGUGUGAAUAACACCUGUUACACUUAUAGUUUAUAUUGUCUAAAAACAAAACGUAGUUUAAUUAUAUAGAAAUUAUUAUAUAGAAGUACUUAUUAUUUUUUUUUUUUACUUUUAUGAUACCAGUGUUGCUUUUCCUUGGAAGAUCAAUAUUUGUACGAUAAAUUCGCUUUUUACGUUGGGUCGACGCACAUAAAAAAGAACUUCUUGAAUUUAUAUCGAAGAAAGUUUGUAGAUGAAUUCAAAGCAGUUUUAAUAAACGCGACCUAUGCGAUGCACUCUUGUAAGAAUUUUUAUCCCUACCUUGUCCGAGAAACCUUGAAACAUAGAUUU